CUGCUCUGUCUACCACGCGCCUAUUCUGAGCAAAAUUCAGCACAGCUAUUCUGAGCAGUCCAAUCCCAACCGGCUGUGCGACCGAACCCUUCAGGUCAUCACCACUCUUCAAGUCUUCUAUUCCUUUUCUUCUUUUGCCAUUGCUCUGUCUCUUUCCCUAAUUGCCUAUCCUGAGCAAGCCCGCUUCCAGCCGCCUGUGCUACCAAACCCAUCAGUCAACAACCCUCUUCAACAACCCAAUUCCAUGAUUUGGGCGAUGGGUUUUGUGACUGCCUUCUUUAAGCCAGCAGGUCAACUGCUACUCCUGCAGGCGCUCGAUAUGCUGGUCAUUCACGUGGUCUUUGUACUUGAGAGCAGGAGAAUUGGGCGCAGGUGAACUGCUUUGCUUACACUGCCCGUUUUUCCCUCUUUCUCUAAUAUCCAAUUAACCCGUUUCUGUAUCAAUUUCGUUUCAUGUUGCCGAAUUGUUGGAGCCUCACGUGAUAAUUGUACUUCAAAGGAGUGAAAUGGGGAACUUUUUGUUAGUGGCUGACGAAAUCAAAAAAAUGGGAUGGACGUAUUUAUCAGUGCAUCGUGCUGGCUUCGCUGCCUUGUGGACUGCAAGAAGAAGCCUCCGAGCCUUUACGCCUUGUUCUUUGGAGUCUCUCUGGUUCUUUUUGCUGCGGUUCCUUCGAGGAAUCUUUUAGCUUGGAGGUGCAAAGCUUUUUGCAUUUCCCUAUCUGAUUUAUCGUUGCUGUUACCAGAUAACAAUGGCAAGGAGAUGUCUAUCAGUGCAUGAAGUCCACGACAAGAUGAGAAGGUGGACAGUGCUUGUGCAAGUUGUGGAGAAAUCGCAUGUGUUAACCAGUAACGGAUCACCGCCUAUCAGAUUUCAGCGUCUCGUGUUAACAGAUUCUGAGGGGACUAUGGUUUCAGCUGUCAUUUAUGGAAACGACAUUCGUUAUUUUGCUAAUCUGCUGCAACCAUUCAAGCGAUACUAUAUCACUGGUGGGACUGUCAAAAAACAGGAUGCAAAGUAUAAAGUUAGUGACUAUCAGUUCUCAUGGGUGCUUCAUAACAAGACAUUAGUUGAAGAGUAUGUUGAGCCAAAUCCACCAAUGCUACCAUGCACUUUUGAAUUCACCAAAUUUGAAGACCUUUUUAGAUUUGCAGACACGGAGAACGUUCAGAAUUUACAAGCUGUUGUUGUCACUGCAUUUGCGACAAAGGAACAGAAUAACGGGUGUACAACAAGAGACUUCAUUGUUGUGAAUGAAGAGAAAAAGCCAAUGCUUCUUACUCUUUGGAAUGAGUUCGAACAAAAUCAGGGAACACAGCUUGCAAACAGUAUUGGGAAUGCCAACGUUAUCAUUGGCAUGAAGCUGAAAAUCACAACUUUUAAUUACUUAUCUCUGACAACCAAGCCUGGGAGUGGCCUUCUGAUUAAUCCUCCCUCUUCUGAAGCAAAUGCACUCAAAGAAUGGUAUAAUGCAAAUAAAGAAGAAAUUGCAGAAUUGAUACAACAAAUGGCAUACAAAGAUUCAUCUAAGCUGCUGCCACCUCCAAGUGCUGACGACAUAAUCAGUGUAGCCAAUGCAUUUAACACACUCAAAGAUGUGAAAACAGCUUGGAUAACAGGAAAAAUCAGUUUGUCCCCUGGACAACAAAAAUUCUGGUUUGAAGCAUGUGAGAACUGCCAAAAGGCUAUCAAUGUUGACGUAGGAUGGGUUAUGAGAUGCCCAUCUUGCAAAGAAGAGAGCAAAGUUGUAGCAAGGACCCGAGUUGGAAUUGCUGUUGAUGAUGGUACGGGCUCCAUAAAUACUGUUAUCUUUGGCCCUGAUGCUGAAAAGCUUAUCCCAUUUACAGCACUUCAACUCUGGGAAGCUCAUACUGAGGAGCUUAACUUUUCUGCUGAACUAUCAUCUGCAAUCAGAAAGCAUGCGAUUGUUUGUUUCAUUCGCUACUAUGAGUCAGAUUAUCAAGGCCAGAAGGAAGGCAAAUAUAAUAUUGUCAAGGCAUACACUACUGAGGAAUCAGUUCACAUUCCAAUGGCCAUCACAACUGCAGAAACGAAUGAAAAAAUUCCAGACAUUCAUGCAACUGUCCUGCAGCCUACCACGAAAAAUGAAUUUUUCAGUCCAUCAACCAAAAAAGUGCUUGAUACCAUCGCUGAAUCGUCUGCUGCUGCAAACGAAGUGCUGCCUACAGUGACCACAGCAAAGAGGGCCUUGGUUUUUGGAACUGUGCCUCCCGGAUUUGGUUUGAAUUCUGCUGAAGCUAAUACACCUACCUCGCUGUCUACCAAUGCACCUGGAAGUCCCUUGAAGAGGCAGCGUGAUAAUGAACUCUGAACUUCCUUGAAGCCUUUUGAAUUGCUGAUUUUGCUAAUGUUAAAGCACUUUACAGCUGCAUAUCUAAUCUUGCAUCUUUUGACAUAAUAUUGAUAUCCAAUAAGAAAUUGUUCUUUUGUGCACCUUAAUGGAUCUCAAUAUGUGAUCUUUUGUAAUUGCAGCCUAUGAUUGUACUUUAUAUUAAGUAUUUAGCAAGUCAUCUCCUGUCUCUGUAAGACUAAUUUGAACUUGAAGAU